AUGAAGCUGUCGACCACAUCACUCGGCCACUUUAGUCACGGUGCUGGACUCGUCGUUGCCUUUCCCGCUGUUGUCGCUUUUCUUCUUUUUGUUGGCUUUCACCGCGACAAACCCCCCGUUUCCUUCUGCCCAACACCUGGAAACAUGGGCCACCACCGCUAUCGAACUGUAGCUUACUUUGUCAACUGGGCUAUCUACGCCCGAAAACACAGACCCCAGGAUCUUCCCGUGGAGAAACUUACCCAUAUUCUUUAUGCGUUUGCCAAUGUCCGUCCCGAAAGUGGUGAAGUGUACUUGACCGACACUUGGGCUGACACGGAUAUUCACUGGGAAGGCGACUCUUGGAAUGAUACAGGCAAAAACCUUUACGGAUGCCUCAAGCAGCUCAAUCUUUUAAAGAAACGCAACCGCAACCUCAAGGUUCUUCUCUCUAUCGGUGGCUGGACCUACAGCGCCAACUUCAAGUGUCCAGCGAGUACACCGCAGGGCAGGGACACGUUCGCGAAAUCCUGUGUCGAGCUGCUCAAGAACCUUGGCUUCGACGGUAUCGACAUCGACUGGGAGUAUGCACAGAACCGAGAAGAGGCCCAGAACUAUGUUGAGCUGCUUGCCGCCGUUCGCGAGAAACUUGACGAGUACGCCGCCGCCUCGGCAUGUGGUCACCAUUUUGAGUUGACGGUUGCUUGCCCAGCUGGUCCCAAACACUACAAAAUGAUGGACUUGCCGGCAAUGGACAAGUACAUAGAUUUUUGGAAUCUGAUGGCGUACGACUACGCCGGAUCGUGGGAUCAAACCAGUGGUCACCAGGCAAACCUGUAUCCCAACGGAGAAGCCUCCACGCCAUUCUCUACAAGCGCUGCCGUGGACUACUACACAAGUCACGGUGUCGCUGCCAGCAAAAUCGUUAUCGGGAUGCCUUUGUACGGCCGCGCGUUUGAAAACACGGAUGGACUGGGCAAGCCGUUUCAAGGUGUAGGCGAGGGCACCUGGGAGAACGGCGUCUUUGACUAUCAUAAACUGCCUCUCGAGGGCUCAGGAGAGUGCUAUGAUGAGAAGGCGCAGGCCAGCUAUUGUUACGACGUUUGCAAGAGAAAGCUUGUAAGCUACGACACCGCUCCCAUGGCCAAGGUAAAGGCAAAUUACGUCAAGGACAAGGGUCUCGGCGGUGUCAUGUGGUGGGAGAGCAGUGGUGACAAGUCGGGGCCAGACAGCUUGAUUUCCAUCGUCUUUGAUACCCUGGAGGGCAGAAAGAGUCUUUUGAAGCAGGACAACUGCAUCCAGUAUCCAGAGACAAAGUAUGAUAACCUCCGCAACGGCUUCCCGUGUAACUGA